UGUUUGCCAUGGAGGGCUUACAACAGCUCUUGGAAUCCCCCGACUCCCUGAUCUUUGCGCCUCUCUUAGAGGUCUCUCCAUUGGUGCAGGGUUACAUCUCAAUGUCAUCGCAGCUGCAGGCAUGCCCACAGGAAGAUUUAUUGAAGCUGGGCCAGCUUUUGGUGGCCCGUUUCUUCAAUGAGUGUCUUCAACUGCAACGAGCACUGAUGGAUUUGCAGUCGUCUAUGCCCAGCAUUGAGCCGCAACGUGCUGAGGAGGAAGGUCAGAUUGCCUUGCGGGCGCAGGUGCCGCUGGAUGUGACACUGCAACAGGGCUGCUCGCACUGCGCGGAGUCGACUCAGCGACUCCGCCGCAUGGAGGAAGAGUUGCGGGAGAUGCAGGAAAGGGCGGCCAUUGGUCGCAGCAACGUGACCCCGCGAGAAGUACUACAGGUUCCUGUGGAUCCUUCGUCUUCCCUGGGAGAGGCGCCGCUCCUGCUGCAGAAAAAGGCAGCGGUGGUGGUGCAAUCCGCCUGGCGUCGGCGAGCGGCGCAACUGCGCUUUGAGGAUCACCUUUUGAGCCUGGUUUUCCCGGGGACGGCCGCAAGGCCUUCAGCACCUCCCGCCACCAUAAGCGCAGUUCGCCUCGUCCAGGCCUUGCUGCGCCGCGUUUGGCGCUCCUUGCGUCGGAGGGGCUUGGACUUCGAGCUGGCCUAUCGAUGCGCUGAUGAAGGUUACCAGCUGAGAGCUGGCGAAAACAACGAGACCAACACGAUCAGCGCCACGAAGACCGCCAUGUGUGUUGGUCAUUUUCUUCACUUUCUUUGCCAACAGCAAGGCCUGGCCCCUGCGGAGCUCUCGGCUCUGCUACGUCUCUUCAAGCGCCGCGACCGCGGCAAUCGCAUCCUGGAAAGCGACAAGCGCAACGCGCAGGAGGCUCCACAGCUGCGAGAGGCGUGGCAUUGGCAGAUGCCCUACAGCUUUGCCGUGGAGCUCCAGCAGUCCAUGGGUUUCGUCGCUUCCCGCGGCGGCACGGCUCAUGUGGCACCGCUGCUGGCCGUGCGGGACGCCUUAGCAGGACAGAUGUGGCGCUUCCAAUGGAGUGAUGCGGCCAUGCAACCCACCUGGCGUCGGAUCGCGAAAGAUGCACAGCUUCUGCAGCUGACGGAGGAGUGCCAAAAGUUGAAGGAAGCUAUGGGGAAAGAAGCCUUGAAAGGAGAGAUUGAGGUGCAACUGGCAGAUGCAGAGGCUGAACUACGAGAAUUGAUGAAGCCCGGCGCUUCUCCGGUGGUCUCCUGUACCGCCUGGGCUGCGCGGCUCCACGACCUGCCGCUGGCGCCGGUGACGCUGUACGCCGCCGCGCGGGUCUGCAACGUCAACGCGGAGCAAACGCGCACCACUGGACUUCUGAAGGACAAACUCUGGGAAGCGCAGAAGCUGCCUGGCGAGCUCGUGGCAGGCUUUGUCCGCUUCGACAGUGCCUUGCCGCAGACUCCGCAGAUGAUCCACCUGUGUCCUAGUGAUGCACCCUGGACGUUGCAGCUGCAAGAGGUCACUGAAAGAGGGAUGAUUCUCCAGCUCUCAUUCAGCGGUCCGCAGGACCUGGACCUGGACCUCCUCUACACCGCAGGCAGCUGCCACGGCAGUCUGAGCGUCUCGACUCCGCGCACCGUGACGGUACACUUCGUGCCACGCCUCAGCCGGCCGCCAGACACGGUGGUGCUGCAGAGCUUCCCUCGGGGAGCUGCUAAGGCCUUCGGCACGUGUCGCGUGGCGCGCUGCACCCGCCGCGGCUUCGCUGUGACCUUCGCCGACGGCGCGACGCGGCGCUACGAGGCCUCGGCCACGGAGGCGUCGCUGGACGCGCAGCUGCUGCAGCAGGUGGCACCGCUGCCGGAAGUGUCUGGAGAACUACAAGAAGAUAUGGCCACGACAGAGGGUUUCAUCAAACCCACUGAGAAGCUCCGACUGCUGGCAUCGCACAGUGGUUUGCGAGGCGAUUCGAUUUCAACCCUCGGCGAGUUGGUUCCAGCUGGGAGUUGGUCCCUACCGGAGGAGAUGUCGCCUCCCACCACGCGGAGUGCAGAUGGAAGAGGUUUCCCCAUGGAGUAUCCCACGCUGCCAUCACCACCCGCUGCUCCUAAAGAGCGGCCUGUCAUCGAGCAACCUCAGCCGCCGGUGACAAAAGGUCCGACCUUUUAA